CGAAGAAUCCAUCAUGGACUUCUGUCUGCUUAUUGUUCUUCUUGUUUCUACUACCGUGUUGCCUGCAAUGGUUUCCGGUUCCCUUGGAAUCAACUACGGUCAGAUUGGAGACAAUCUUCCGGCGCCCGAGCACGCUGUUCCUCUCAUUCAGUCCAUCGGUGCCACAAAGGUGAAGCUUUACGACGCAAAUCCGCUGGUUCUUGGUGCAUUCGCCAACACCGACAUUGAGUUCACCGUCGCGCUUGGCAACGAACGCUUAUCGGAGAUGCGCGAUCCACUGAACGCCUUAACUUGGGUGAGAUCGAACGUCCAACAAUACUUGCCCGACACGAAAAUUACCCGCAUCAUGGUUGGGAACGAAGUUCUGACUCUAGGCGACAUUGCUUUGAGCGACAGCCUCGUCGCCGCCAUGCAAAGCAUAUACGGUGCACUCGUUGCUUUAGGGUUAGACGAGAAGAUCAAGGUAACCACGGCACACUCCUUCAACGUGAUCGGAAACUCCUAUCCUCCAUCCGCCGGAGCCUUUAAUCAAGAUCUAACCGGCUAUAUAACUGAAAUCUUGAAGUUCCACAAGCAAACGGGUUCACCUUUCUGCAUCAAUAUUUACCCGUAUUUUGCAUACAAGGCAAACCCAAAGGAAAUUCCUCUUGCUUACGUUCUCUUUGAGCCGAACAACGGGGUUGUGGAUUCGAAUACCAAUCUCCUCUAUGAUAACAUGUUAUUUGCGCAGAUUGAUGCUGUUUAUUUUGCGCUAUCUCUGUUGGGUUAUAAGGAUGUCUCUGUUUGCGUGUCGGAGACUGGUUGGCCAUCGAAGGGCGACGCCGAUGAGGCCGGAGCUACACGUGAUAACGCAGCAAAGUACAACGGCAAUUUGAUAAAGAUGAUUGCUGAAAAUAGGGUGACACCACCAAUGAGGCCAGGCUCGGAUUUAGACGUGUAUAUUUUUGCGUUGUUUAACGAAAACAUGAAGCCCGGGCCAAUGUCAGAGAGGAACUAUGGACUGUUCAAGCCUGACACAUCGCCGGUCUAUUCCGUUGGACGACAGACCCCAGCAGAAUUAGUUUUCAAUUCAUCUGGCAUCAACUGCAUUGCUCUAAAGCUAGCUAAAGGCCUCAACAACCCUUUAUUGGGGCUUCAAUUAUAA